GUGACGUCAGCAGGAUGUAAAUGCAGUAUCUCGCGGCCUGAUCGGUCUUUUUCCUCUCCCGUGCUGAAAGGGCGGUUGGCCUGCUCUCUGUCUCUGGAAGAUUUAACAUCAAAGCAGUAAAAUGAUCAUCUAUAAGUGCAUCAUCACUGGUGAUGAGAUGUUUUCGGAUAUCUACAAAAUAAAAGAUACGGGGGUCUUCUUUGAAGUUGAAGGGAAGACCAUUACCAGGACAGACGGGUUUGAUGAUGCUUUAAUUUCGGCCAAUGCAUCAGCUGAAGAGGCCAUCGAAGCCAACGAGUCAGCUGUAGUCUCCGGAGUAGACAUCAUCCUCAACCACAAACUGCAGGAGACUGGCUUUGACAAGAAGGGUUACAUGGCUUACAUUAAAGAUUACAUGAAGGCUGUGAAGGCCAAGCUGCAGGAAACCCAUCCAGAUAGAGUGGAGAGUUUCAUGAAUGACGUCGCCCCCGAAGUUAAGAAGAUCAUUGGAAACAUAAAGAACUAUCAGUUUUUUACAGGAGAGUCCAUGAACCCAGACGGCAUGGUGGGCCUGCUAGACUACCGUGAGGACGGUGUCACGCCAUUCAUGCUUUUCUUCAAAGACGGUCUGGAGGAGGAGAAAUGCUAACUACAUGGGAAAAUUCUGCUGUUCAUUGACUGCCGCUUCCCAAAAUGCCCCCAAAAGCAGACUCAUGGAGAUCUACACCCUGCACCAUACCUGACUGGACACUUGCCAUCGCCCACAGUUCCUCUCAAAAAGAGGAGUUUAACAGAAUUUGGUCACUGAAUAGUUUUUAACUUUUUCUUUUUUCUUCUUUUUUGGCUUAUGCAUUUUUUUUCUCUCUCUUUGGUCCAGUUUUUCAUUGAAAACUAAAAGGCAGAACUGCAAGUGGAGCUCUGACUGGUGUUUUUUUCCCUUCUAUCUGCAUACUCUUAGCAACAAUCUACAGUUUGACAUCCCCAGACCUGUGUUUGGGUUUAUGGUUGCAUUAAUGUCCAUCUACAAUGCAAGGACUUUGGGUUCAAUUUGAAAAUAAAAUCAAGUACCACUUCGA